GCGCUCCCGGGUGAAGUACACUGAUGGAGCGCGAGCGGCUUUAUCAUAGAACACCGGGCGCGCGCACACACUUUCAUUUCAAAGGGUGGCGUUGACGUCACCGCAUAUCCAAAGAAGUCUAUAGAAAGGGAGAUCGCAACAUUUCCAAGCCUUCAGUCUUCCGCGAGAGGGCAAGGACGAUUAAGAUGGUCAUCAGAGUGUUUAUUGCGUCCUCCUCCGGGUCUGUCGCGGUGAAGAAACGUCAGCAGGCCAUCGUGGGCUUUCUGGAGGCCAACCGGAUCAGCUUCGAGGAGGUGGACAUCACCAUGCUGGAGGAUCAGAGGCUCUGGAUGUACCAGAACAUUCCUGAGGAGAAACGACCUGAAAAGGGCAAUCCUCUCCCCCCUCAGAUCUUCAAUGGAGACCACUACUGCGGUGAUUAUGAAGAUUUCUUCCAGUCUAAAGAGACGAACACAGUGUUCUCGUUCCUCCGUUUGCCCCCUGUAAAGGACUCUGAAUCCUAGAGCGUGUCAUUGACAGUUCCCUCGACUGAAACACUGUGCUUUUUCCUCUCUUUUUCCUGUGAUGUAACUUUCGUUUCCCGGGCUGAAGCCCUCACUGCCAGCAAUGCUUUUGCCAAACACACUCUGCCCUCCAGCUAACAAACUUCUCCUUAUUCAAACACACACAUACACAGGGUGAAUAAUGUUUUAUAUGGCCUAGUUAAUUAUUUAUAUGCGUUGCUGUUCUGUUUCAUUUGUUGUACAUGUGUUGCAUGAAAAACCUAUUCUGCUUUUUAUAAAGUGAUACAGAGAUAGAAAGUGAACUUAAUGUCUGUGUGCAUAGGACUUCUAUUGUUAAUCUAGACAAAGAGAAUAAUAAGCAUGCAAGGUUGCAUGUACACGUCUCUUGUAAGUUGUUCUUUGUUUACAUUUCCAAAAGGAAAUGUAGGGAACCAGCAGAAGAAUUCAGAAUAAUGUUGUCUUUCCGCAGACUUUGAUCCAUUUGUAAAAAAGAAGUUCAGACCAAAAGCCAAAACAGCCUCAAAACAGGAAAUAGAAUCCUGACCUGAAUUAAGAGCUCAGUGGAACAGCGCUGAUCUGAGCUCAGUUUUUCCACGACACAUAAUGGCUCUUUAAAGCUUUUCUGAGUGUAAAACUGGUCCUGAAUCAGUAUUUAAACACUGUAUGCUCUAUUACUGGAAUUUCACAUCCCAUUCCUAAAGCCUUUUGUUCCUUCUACUGAAAAACAUGCUUAAGAACUCAUAUCUUGUUCAAUCUUUUCCUCUUUAAUUGUGUGUUUUUCUUCUCAGGGGUAUGUUAGCAUGUAGCAUGUAGCACACUGUGAUGCCUCAACUUUCAGCUCACCCAUUUAUGUAGCUUAUGUAGUGACUUACAUUAUAAAACGCUGGGGAAAAUAGUUGGUUUUACUCACAAAGUUGGUUUUGUAGAACAUAUUUAAUGUUUACAGACAGUCUAUUCUAGAUUUUUUCCUCCCAAACAAUACAGAAACACUUCUAAACCUACAUUCUCUGCCAUUUUCAUGUACUGUUCAUUGUGAUAUGUGCUUCUUGUCCACUCCUCCCUCCCAUUCAUUAAAUGAUUCCACAUGAAUAAUCAUGUAUGUUUUCACACACAUACACACACACACACACCAUUCUCAGGACACAAUUAUGUUUUACGUAUGUCUCACACAAACACACACAUAUACACACAUUCUGUAAAAUGCAAUCAUUCCUUUCUGUACUGAUGUAUGUAUGAAGUUACUGUUGUUUGCUUUCAUAAUUGAAAUGAAUAAUUAAAAAAUCUCAUUUUUAAUAAAGUAUAUUCAAAAACUGC